AUGGCCAUCCCUACUCGCAAGGUCGCUAACGAAGACAUCUCAGCCAUCGGCUUUGGGCUCAUGGGCAUUUCCGCCUUCUAUGGUGCCAUCGAAGACGACGAGGCUCGAUUCAAGGUCCUUGACGCUGCAUUCGAGGAAGGUUGCACCUUCUGGGACUCAGCAGACUAUUAUGCGGACAGCGAGGAACUGAUCGGGAAGUGGUUCAAACGUACCGGAAAGCGCGACAAGAUUUUCAUCGCAACCAAGUUCGGGAUCACGCCCACUGCCCCCAAUGGCAAACCUGAAUAUGUGCGUUCUGCGUGCGAGAAGUCUCUCAAGAGACUCGGGGUCGAUACGGUUGGCCUCUAUUACAUCCAUAGAGUUGACCAGACAGUCCCAAUUGAGCUCAGGAAAGCAGCCCUGAAGUUUUUAAUAGCGAAAGAAAAAAUUCGCCACAUCGGUCUCUCAGAGUCCAGCGCUGCCAUACUCCGUCGCGCGCACGCGGUUCACCCAAUUGCCGCAUAUCAAGUAGAAUAUUCCCCCUUCGUCCUGGACAUCGAGGACGAAAAGAUAGGGCUUCUCGAGACAUGUCGGGACCUCGGCGUAGCGGUUGUAGCAUACUCGCCGCUUGGACGAGGUAUGCUGACAGGAACCUACCGUUCACCAGCCGAUAUUCCUGCAGACGAUAAUAGGAGGUACUUAACUCGAUUCAGCGAGAAGAACUUCCCGAAUAUCAACAAGCUCGUCGAUGGGCUCCAAGAACUUGGCAAUAAGCACAACGCUACCACUGGACAAGUGACGCUCGUGUGGCUCCUCACUCUGGGAAAUGAUAUUAUCCCGAUUCCAGGGACGAAGAAAGUCAAGAUGACAGGUGCUUACCUUAAAGAGAAUAUGGCGGCGGCCAAAAUACAGCUUUCGACUGAGGAAAUUGCUGAGGGUAGAAGGAUUGCUAAUGACGCUGACGUGACAGACGGUGAUCGUUAUCCUGCCGACCACAUGGCUUUUCUCUUUGCAGAUACUCCACCUUUGGAGUGA